AUGGCCUCGUUCAUCGCAGCUGUGUUGGCCUUUACUGCUAGUUUGAUAUUAACCACAAUGGCUGAUAAAUGCGAUGGCUACAAGGAUUUAUUUGGGAAUUAUCAACCACCCAAGGAAUGCGGGACUAUGUACUGCUGUGGUAAAUGUGAAAGUCGGUAUUCAGAGUUCAGCACUACCCAUUUAGCUGCACCUAUUGCUUUCGGUGUUUUGAUUCCUUUUUUCACCAUUAUCACCAUAAUUAUAAUUUGCUGUAAUUACCCCUGCUGCUGCUUGUACAAAAUGUGCAGAAAACCCACAUCCGUGGUUGCAACGACAACAACCACAGUAGUAACGCAGUUCCCUCAGCAGCAGCCUCCAAACCCUGCAGCUCAGAAUCCGCCCCACCAGCCAAUUUCUUCAAUUUCACAGCCUGGUUACCCUGUCCAGCCCGGGUAUGGAACCCCUGCCCCGUAUCAGGGCCAGCCUUAUGCACCGGGACCGCCUCCACCGUACCAGGAGAGUGGAGGAUAUCCUUCACCAUACAGCCAAGCCGCCUACGUUGCCAUUCAGCCUCCGUACCCUCUCAACCUCCCUGUGCAGGCCGGCUACGCUCACCCUCCUCCCCAGCCUGACUCUAACAAUGCUCAGCCUCCAUACAACCCAGCCGACAUAGAGCCGCCCAAAACCGAAUACUAAACCACAAACGUCUGACACAACACCACCAUGGCUGGAUUACAUCACACCUACACACUUCCACUUUGCUCACACCAGUCCUAUAUGGGCUAUAUUUACCAUAGAAAGUCUCAAACACACGACUCGAGUACUCCUCAAGAUGUGAUCAAAUAAUUUUUCUCAACAGAUAAUUACAGCGUAAGGACUCUUUAAACCACAAUAUAAACUCCAGAGAUAAGAAACCACAUGUA